AUGGACCGCAUUGGAAAGAUCGUCUUCUAUGAGGACAAAAACUUCCAGGGUCACCACUUUGAAUGCUGUAGCGAUUGCCCUGAGUUGAGUUCCCACUUUAGCCGCUGCAACUCCAUCCGUGUGGAGAAUGGGAACUGGGUGUUGUACGAGAGGCCCAACUACCUGGGCACUCAGUACAUUUUGACCAGCGGAGAGUACCCCGACUACCAGCGCUGGAUGGGCUACAAUGACAGCAUCAGGUCCUGCCGCGUCAUCCGCAACACAUCUGGCAAGUUCAGGAUCCGCCUCUACGAGCGUCCCGACUUUGCAGGUCAGAUGAUGGAGUUCAGCGAAGACAACCCUAACAUCCCCGAGCACUGGCGUCACCCCGAGGUGCACUCUUGCAACGUGAUGGAUGGCGCCUGGGUGUUCUACGAGCUCCCCAACUACCGCGGCCACCAGCACCUACUGGAGAGGGGCGAGUACCGCCACUUCAACGACUGGAGGUCCAACGUGGGGUCCAUUCGCCGCGUUCAGAAUCUUUAG